AUGCACCUCGCAGAGUAUCUCUUCCGUCGCAUUCACCAGCUCAACAUCAGGGCCGUAUUUGGUGUGCCGGGUGAUUUCAAUCUCACUUGUCUCGAUUAUGUUGAAGAGUGUGGCCUGGAUUGGGUUGGCAACGUUAACGAACUCAAUGCUGGUGAGUCUUCCCAAAGGGAACAAAAUACCUACUCGCGACUCAAAAAAAAGGCUGAACAUAAUGAAGGUUAUGCCGCCGAUGGCUAUGCACGUGUCAAAGGAAUCUCAGCCCUCGCCACUACCUUCGGGGUUGGCGAGCUCUCCGCCCUGAAUGCAAUUGCAGGCGCCUGCGCUGAACUUGUUCCCAUAAUCCACAUUGUAGGGUUUCCGUCAUCCGCUGUCCAGGAAAAGAAGCUACCUGUUCAUCACACUCUCGGAGACGGUGACUAUGAAUUGUUCAUGAAAAUGAGCGAACGAGUCUCUAGCGCGACCAUCCUUAUGAAAGAUCCACUGAAGGCGACCAAAAUGAUUGAUGAUACAAUCAUUGAAUGCUAUCGCUCCAGCAAGCCAGUUUUCAUUGGAUUUCCCAUGGAUCUUGUCAAGGCUGAUAUCGAUCCGUCUCCCCUGGAAACACCUUUGCUACUGCAUCAUUCGCUAACAGGCCCAACGUCAGCAGACGAGACUGCCGUGAAGACUAUUCUAGAGCGCUUGCUGAAGGCUCAGAAACCCGUCAUCAUUGUCGACAGUCUUGCUGGUAGAUAUGAGGGUCUACAUGCUACUCGUACGUUUGUCGAAAAGUCCAAUAUGCCCUGCUUUGCUUUUCCCAUGGCAAAAGGCAUAAUCGACGAAAGUCUACCCAAGUUCCGCGGAAUUUACGCUGGCAACGUGUCCAACCCGGGCGUGCAAGAAGAGAUUCAAUCAAGUGACUUGAUUCUUCUCAUCGGACCUCGUCCAACAGACCUGAAUACCGGUGGCUUCAAGAGUGACGUUUCAGAUGUAGAGACUAUUGUUUUUCAUCGGAAUACAGUGCAAAUUGCCGAUAUAACCUAUGCCGACAUCUCAAUGGGCAAUGUUCUCGAAAAACUCUCGGAGUCGGUCUGUGCCUCUGUACCAAACAGCCCGUCAGAUUCAUCGACCAGCAGUCCUCGAGCAUUGUCAUCUCCAGCAAGCUCAGUUGCCCUUUCAAGCCUAUCUUUAGACGGCCACGAGCUCCCCCAAGAGUUCCAAGGAAAGAAACUUGACGCAAACGCUGUAGUGACACAAGAAUGGAUUUGGCCACGAUUAAGCGCCUGGCUUGAAGAAGAUGAUAUUAUCGCAAUGGACAUCGGAACCUCAGCCUUUGGUGGGCUCUGGUGCAAACAACCGCGAGGAGCUCAAUCCCUCUUCCAGCUCCUCUGGAGCUCAAUUGGGUUUGCGCUCGGGGCGACAGUAGGGGCCGCUAUAGCCGCCCGUGAACAACUCAAGGAGUCCAAGACUUCACGCAAACGACGCACGAUUCUAUUCACCGGUGACGGAAGUCUGCAAAUGACAGCACAGGAAAUUAGCACAUUGGUUCGGAAAGAGCUAGGUGUGAUUAUAUUUGUGAUUUGCAACGAGGGUUACACCAUUGAGCGCUAUAUCCACGGCUGGGAUAGUAGUUACAACGAUAUCCAGCCUUGGGACUACAAGCUCCUUCCCCUGGUGUUUAAUCCCAAACCAGAUUUUGUCAGGACUUACAGUGUUCGGACGAAAGGAGAGUUGGAGAUGCUCCUUACGGAUGAUUCGUUUGGGCCAGCUGGGAAUUUCCAUGAAGGGCAGCCUGAGCCUUUACGCCUUGUGGAGGUUCAUAUGGAUAAGUUUGAUGCACCACAAACUAUUCCUGAUAUGAUCACUGAUCUGCAUGGAAAGGUUGCCAAAUAG